GAAGACAUUCCCUUUCUUGUAGUUCUGUGCAAAUUCAGUGAAGAUUCAAUAUCCAGGUAUUAUGGAUUACUACCCACCUCCAGUGUGGGUAGAUAAUACUCCAGAUCGCCUGACAGAAAUAUGUGUUAGGUACUGUGCAAGUCAUCCUAAUACAUAUUCUGAGGUUGAAUAUUCAACAUCUCAGCGUCAACUGAGAGAAUACCUGCCACGAGAAAUCUGUGAACGUCUACUUCAUGCACGCUUACCUGGAAACCCAUCCAUAGAUGACACAGUGCUUCACACAUUCUGUCAAGUUGCAGAUAAUAUAUAUCCACCCCCUCACCUUCGCAAAAUAAAUUUAAGAGAUUCAAAUGUGACUGACAGUGGUCUUACCAAGCUUCUCCAGAUGCAUCAAGUGACCGACUUGAACAUUGACAAGUGCAAGAAACUGACCUGUGCUUCCCUGGCAGCAAUCAAUUUGUAUGACAGGCACCUGAAGACCCUCCACAUUGGAAAUUCUCGAAUACUCCCUUCCAAACCUCCUCACAGUAGCAAUGCUCACUUAAAGGGACUGCCCAUCUUUCCUGGAGCUAUACUUCAAACUCCAGAGCUGAGGAUCCUGGUACUGAGAGAACACUGCCCAGAAGUGGAGAAGUAUUAUGACUCCUUACUUCUUCCCUUGAGACAGCUUACAUACCUUGACUUGUCUGGCUGUCAGUGUCUUGGUGAUAUGGCAUAUUUGCUGCAUAUGAAGUCCCUUAAUGGUUUGGUGUUAUACAAUGUGAUAAUCCCCCAAAGCGCCAUAUUCAACAUCUGUCAUCUGAAGCAGCUCAGGAAACUGGACAUAUCACAAUCUGAAGAUGGACACGGAGAAUUUGAAGAGCCAAACAAAGUCUUAGAGAGUCUGGUCAUAAACUUACCCUUCUUGGAGUAUCUGGACAUCUCAGGAACCAAUUUGGAUGGAAGGGGAAAGAUGGAAACACCUGCAUCACGGAAAAAGGGCAAGAUUCUGGAACCCUUGACCGACAUUGCAGGGUUGCAGAGUCGUGUUUCAUCACCUCUGAAGUUCCUUGGUUUAUACAGUACGGCACAUGGUUCAUGUCGAAGUCAUCAUAUCCCAGCCGAGCAGGUCACUGGGGAUGCUAAUGAAGAACAGAUUUUAUUGGCAGCAGAAAUGUACUUGGAUCGUCCCGGUACAUUGAUCAAAGUCCUCAAUGACUUGUUUCACCUCUUGCGCUUUGACAUCUGUGUUGAUUCAAAGAGAGCCACUGAAGUGAUCAUCAAAGCCAUGGAACUCCAUGUUGACCACAAGCACAUCCAGAUUUCUGGAAGUGCUUCACUGUUCUACAUAGUCAAAGGAGGAGAAAAGAUGCAAUUCAAUGUGAAGGUGAAGCAGAGGAUUUUGCACACAUUGCUUGUGUCCAUGAUGGAGCACAAAGGAGAUGCUACAAUGAUGAGAAAUGGUUGCCUGACACUCUGCCACUUCAGGAUCCCUGAUGAUCUGUUGUUUGAGUAUGAGAGAGUGAUACACGUCCUACUCCAUGUGGUCACGGAUGAAGACAGGGAAGAGGAGUUUGUUCAACGUGUUGGGGUGUUUCUUCUCAAUUCCAUGGCCUGUCGAUUGGAAGGGAAGCAUAAACAACUUCUUGGAGACCUUGGAGCCAUUUCAACUAUGAUGAAUCUAAUCCAACUGAGGCUGGAUAGGAAGCGCUGCGAUGAGGUCAUGGAAAUGGCCUGGUCAACUAUGUGGAACAUCACUGAUGAGACACCUAUCAAUUGCCAACGGUUCCUAGAACUUCAAGGAAUGCAAUACUUCAUCCAUUGCCUUCAUGCUUUUCCUACAAAAGAGAGUUUGCUGAGGAAUAUGAUGGGACUUCUUGGGAACGUGGCAGAGGUGAAAGAACUCCGACCUCAUCUGAUGAAACAAGAUUAUGUCCGUGUGUUCUCAGAGCUCCUUGACUCUGAGAGUGAAGGGAUUGAGGUGAGCUACAAUGCAGCAGGGGUUCUAGCACAUAUGGCAUCUGAUGGGGAAGAAUUCUGGAAAAUUGAAAAUCCAAGGCGUGGUGAAAUCCUCCGUCAUCUAGUUGAUGCGGUUAAUAGGUGGGACUUGAAGAAACAGAGGAACAUCAAUUAUCGGUCCUUUGAGCCCUUCUUCCGCCUUAUCAAGUGUGAGGAUACCCCUGAGGCUCAGUAUUGGGCUGUUUGGGCCAUGGCCAACCUCACCUCUGUCUAUCCUAAUAAAUACUGCAAGCUGGUGGACACAGAAAAUGGCUUGGAGCUGCUUGAGAAGAUACGGCAGGCUGAGAAUAAAAAUAGUCGCAUCCAUGAACUGGCCCAGAUAGUGUUGGACAAUUGUGCCUUGCAGAAGAGUGAUAAUAGUUCGGGGGAAGAUUAUGACUCAUCCUGAGAUGCCAGGCAGCAUUACUUUUUCAUGCUGAUCCUGGUGUUUCAGGGAGAUCAUAAUCCAUGUUUCUGUCCUUCCUUAACAGUGAAGAAGUUAUUCUUUGCUUUUGCUUUCCUUCCUUUCCCUUUUUAUUCCAUCAUUGUCCACAUUGUUUUUCUUAUAGGAACCUUAUCAGCUUGUAAACCUUUUUUUGAUGUAAACUGGUUUGCCACAGUACCCUCCUGCUGCUAAAAUUUUCAAGUUCAGAAUGCAUGUUUAUGAAAUAGGAUUAUCACCCUGUGUUAUUGAGUGCUAUAGAUCUUUGAUUGAUCUGCUGCCAGCU